AAGUGCAAAAGACCGGAAGUUAUAUCGCUAAAAAUUUCGUGUGCUUCCUGCGGCCGCCGUCGAGCGCCGGAUGGUGUUGGAGCAACGGGACUGGAAAAUAGCGCGAAACCCGGACAAAUUAGAGCAGACAAUCCAAACUCCGGUUUUGAAAUAGCACCAGACAAACGGGAUUAGGGGAAACCACGGUGCUUCCUUAAUACAGCAGAGGCAGAGACUGAGAAACAUCCUCAAUCUCACAGAUUGCGAUUCCAGUCAACAUCUCCGUCUGUUUCCCGCUCACUUGCAGACCACCAUUCAGUUGCCGUCUUGGGAGGUGUUAUGGAUUCCCUUGGUAGCAUCAAGGACAAGGUGGCCAAGUUUCGGGUAAAGGAACUCAAGGAUGUUCUCACUAAACUUGCUCUGCCAAAGCAAGGAAAGAAGCAGGAUCUUGUUGAUCGAAUAUUGGCCUGCUUCUAUGACGACCGUGUGUCAGGAAUGUGUGCGAAGAAGAACGAUGUUGGCAAGGAAGAGGUUGCAAAAAUCAUUGAUGACAUUUACAGAAAAAUGCAGGUCUCUGGAGCACCUGAUUUGGCAUCAAAAUCCCAAGGAUUUUCAAAUAGUAGCAAUAUAAAGUUGAAGGAUGAAAUACAAGACUCUUACAAGAUGGAUAAGAUCCAAUGUCCUUGUGGAAGCACCUUACAGAUGGAAUCAAUGGUUAAGUGUGAAGAUCCCAAAUGCCAUGUGUUGCAACAUGUUAGAUGUGUUACCAUUCCAGAGAAAGUUGUUGAGAGUGGCAUUCCACAAAUACCACACAGAACUUUCUAUUGUGAACUAUGCAGACUGAGUCGUGCUGACCCCUUCUGGGAAUCAGUGGCACAUCCCUUACUUCCAGUGAAGCUAACUAUUACAGACAUUCCAUUGGAUGGCACAAACCCUGUGCAGAGUAUAGAGAAAACAUUUCAACUUACAAAAGCAGAGAAUGACUUAUUGAGAAAACAGGAGUAUGCUAUUCAGGCUUGGUGCAUUCUUCUCAAUGACAAGGUGCAAUUUAGGAUGCAAUGGCCUCUGCAUAGUGCUCUGCAGUUCAAUGGAUCCCCUGUACGUGUGGUAAACAGACCUGGCUCACAAUCUUUAGGGGCUAAUGGCCGAGAUGAUGGACCUAUUAUAACACCAUUGACUGGGGAUGGUGUCAACAAAGUCUCCUUGGCGGGCAUGGAUGCUCGUGUGUUUUGUUUUGGUGUCAGAAUUGUAAAGAAGCGUACUGUGCAACAGAUACUUAAUAGUAUUCCCAAGGAGUCUGAUGGUGAGAGAUUUGAAGAUGCACUGGCUAGGGUUUGUCGUGUUGGUGGUGGGGAUGUUGCAGAGAAUGCUGACAGUGACAGUGAUAUUGAAAUUGUUGCUGACUUCAUUCCUGUGAAUCUUCGGUGCCCUAUGAGUGGUUCAAGGAUCAAACUUGCUGGAAGAUUUAAGCCCUGUGUUCACAAGGGCUGUUUUGAUCUUGAAGUAUUUGUUGAAAUGAAUCUAAGGUCUAGAAAGUGGCAAUGCCCCAUUUGUCUCAAAAAUUACUCUCUGGAGCAUAUAAUUGUUGAUCCCUAUCUCAAUCAAAUUACUUCUAAGCUGAGGAAUUGUGGAGAAACCGUAACAGAGAUAGAAGUCAAACGAGAUGGUUCUUGGCGGGCUAAGGUGGAAGGUGAUCAAAGUAGCUUGGGUGAUCUUGCGCAGUGGCACUUACCUAAUGGGAAUCUCUGCAUAUCAUCAAAUGCAGAAUCUAAUAAGACAAAGUCCGAGGUUCUUAAGCCUCAGGUUAAACAAGAAGGAAGUUCUAAUGACCAUGGAAGCCUCAAAGUUGGGCUGAAGAAAAAUCCAAAUGGAGUUUGGCAAAUCAGUAAGCCGGUGGACAUCAUUCAGAUGAGCAGUAGUGACACUGGAAGUGGCAAAGGAGAAGAUGCCAGUGUAAAUCAGGCUGUCGUUCGGAACCUUGAGUCUUCUAUCAACAACGGGGUUGAGUGUGAAUCUGUACCUCUGGGAAAUGCUGAAUUUAUCAUCUUGAGUGACUCAGAUGAAGAAAAUGAACUGUUAAUUAUUCCUGGAAAUGAAGACGGCAGUCUUUCAAUUCAACAGCGUGGGAUUCCAGAUUCUAAUGAUGAUGACCCUACUAUUCGUAGUUCAGGGAUUGGUAUAUUUAAUAAUACUGCUGCUUCUAGAAACAAUGAUGUAGGGUGGGAUACAUGCUCUUCACCUAACAAUAUCCAGGGGGUAGAUCUGGGCUUUCAAUUGUUUUGUUCGAAUGCGGAUGAUGCCGCUGUGCAGCAUAACCCCAAUAAUGGCUACGGGCUCUCCUCAGAUCUGGGAUCAAUUGGUGUUGCGACUGAAUCUUCUAUUGAUCAUUCUAAUGCUAAUAUAAGUGAUCCCUUGUCAUUUGGUGCUGCCGAUCCUUCUCUUCAGAUAUUUCUUCCAACUAGACCAUCAGAUGCAUCAUCCAUAGUAGACCCUAAUGAGAGGGAUGUUACAAAUGGUGCCCAAACUGAGGAUUGGUUUUCACUUGCACUUGGGAGUAGAGGUGAUGAGGCUACUGCUAAUCACAUAGCUGUGAAUGGGUUGAAUUCAGCUCCACUGAAUGAUGAUAAAUCCAAUAAGACGAGCACAGGAGGACCUGGCAGCCCUUUCUCAUUUCCUCGCAAAUGUCGUUCUGCAAGACCAAGACCAAGACCAAGACCAUACUAAAAUAAUUAUUGUUCUGAUUCUGCAUAGGGGAUCUGCAGACAAGAAUUGGGUGUUCUUUUCCUCAAAAGUAGUCUACUGGAUUAUCUGGAGAUCCGUAUUUGACUAUUCUCUGGCCUAUGUUAAAUGAGGAGGCCAUGGAAUGUAAUAUAUGUCUACAGAUUGCCCAAGAAUGUUGAUCGUCCCAAGUUGUCUGCUCGAAAUCAUUUUUGGAACUCCUUAUGACAAACCCACUGGUUACUUUGACCGUAAGCUAUACAUUCUAACGUCUUACCCGCAACGACUAUACUUCUGAAGCACCUCACUCGUACGUUAAUGCUUUUCUUUUCCUCUCAUUUUGGGGGUAUUUAGUUAGUUAGUUUUGCUCUGAUAAUCGAGCCGGUCAUGAAUUUUUCUUUCUGGGAUUAUAUAUAAUCACUGAAUGAGAAGAGAGAGCCUGCUUGCUGGUUGCUGAAACUGUUUUGCAGAAGAGAAAGGGGAGAGAUGAUGUAUUGUUUGUGAGUACAACAUCUAGCUCUGAUUAACCUUUUGUACAUAGUUUUUUACACAAUUAAUCCAAAGUUCAUUCAUUGUUUUACUGAGCUGUUUCUCUUCUGCUUUCGGACCCUAAUUUUACCUGGCCC